AACAGUACAGUGCCCUAUGGAGAUGUCGUUCGAGAAUUCGAUGCAACGUCGGGAACUGUCGAGACCGCCACCACCCACUCCUUCAUCGUUCGGAUCGCGGUUCAACACAGGAACAGCGUCAACGACAAUUUCGAGCGUCGGAAUGCAACACUCACGAGCGGUCGCAAAAAUCCGUUUUGUUCAGGAUUAUACCAGUUAUGUUGUUCAAUGGGAACCGCAGAUGCGAAACUUUCGCCUUUUUGGACGAAGGGUCCUCCUUGACGCUUAUCGAAGCAAGCUUAGCACGACAGCUUGGAGCAGUCUGUGUUCCUGAACCUCUAGAGCUGAGAUGGACUUCGAGCGUGAAGAGGAAUGAAGAGAGUUCGAAGCGCGUGGACUUCGAAAUUUCCGGAAAAGGACUGCCCCGUCGUUACGUACUGAAGAAUGCGCACACCGUCGAAGAGUUGAACCUUCCGAGUCAGAGUUUGGCCUUCAACGAAGUAUCCGAGCGAUUCCCACAUCUCCGAGAUCUUCCUGUUUCUGCGUACUCCGAGGCCGUGCCUAGAAUUCUCCUAGGUUUGGAAAAUUUGAGUCUCUUCGCGCCCCUGGAUAGCUGCGUCGGCCGACCAGGCGAACCGAUCGCGGUGAAAUCUUUGCUAGGGUGGUCCGUCUAUGGCCCAGAUGCAAGCGCACUAUCAAAACCAGCAUUUGUAAAUCUCCACGAGUGCAAUUGCGAUGCCGACAGAGAAUUGAACGAUCUAGUUCGGCAGCAGUUCAUCCUGGAGGACAUGACGGCUGCAACUACACCACCGCCUGAGUCCGCUGAUGAGAAACGCGCCCGCGAAAUAUUGGAAAAUACCACAAAGUUCGUGGACGGAAAAUACGAAACCGCUCUUCUUUGGAAAGCCGACGAAAUCGAUCUACCCGAUAGCCUUCCCAUGGCGAUGAAACGUUUGCGGAGCUUCGAGGCCCAACUGGCGAAGGACCCAAAUCUCCGCGAAAAUGUGAACAAGCAAAUCGAGGACUACGUGCAGAAAGGCUACGUCCACAAGGCUACAGAAGAGGAGUUGAUGGAGAUCAACCGAAGGCAAGUGUGGUAUCUGCCUCUUGGCCUGGUUAUACAUCCGAAAAAGCAGAAGAAACGACUCGUGUGGGACGGGAAAGCGCAAGUGAAUGGAGUGUCCCUCAACUCACAACUAUUAAAAGGUCCCGACCUGCUAGUGUCGCUCCCUUCAGUGAUCUGCAAAUUCCGUGAGAAACGCGUUGCAUUCGGAGGCGAUAUCCGCGAAAUGUUUCUGCAGCUUCGAAUGAGAACGCCGGACAAAUAUUUUCAGUGUUUCCUCUUCCGAUUUGAUUCACAACAUCCUCCUGAAGUCUACAUCGCAGACGUAGCGAUGUUUGGCGCCACAUGCUCGCCAUGCGUCGCGCAGCACGUUCUACGAGUCAACGCUGACAGGUGGGCGGACGAGUUCCCGUUAGCUGCAGCGGCAAUCAAGGACAAGACGUACAUGGAUGACUACUACGACAGUGCUGACACCCCAGAAGAAGCAGCGGAGUUGGCUGUUCAAGUUAGAACCAUCCACGCCCGUGGCGGGUUCGAAAUGAGGAACUGGGUGAGCAACAGUGAGGAAGUGUUGGAGAAGCUCGGCGAACGCAACGAUCCAGAGCCACGCCUGCUACAGUCAACGCCCGAGGCGAAAUGGGAACGAGUUCUUGGAAUGCUGUGGCACCCAGAAUCGGACUCUCUAACGUUUUCAACCGAGCUUAGCGAACAACUUCUUCAGUACGUGUGCGGAGGAAAGCGGCCGACAAAACGAAUCGCUCUGAGGAUCAUAAUGAGUCUGUUUGAUCCUCUUGGUCUCCUGGCACCGUACCUCAUACAUGGACGCACCCUCAUUCAGGAUCUAUGGAGAAGUGGGGUGCAGUGGGACGAAGAAAUGGCAGACGAAGAAUUCGAGAAGUGGACACGCUGGGUGGAGUUACUACCGGGUAUCAGUGAGCUCAGUAUUCCACGUUGCUAUUUCGGUGAAGCAGAUCCUCUGUGCCGUCGAACGCUGCAGUGCCACGUGUUCACCGAUGCCAGUGAGGCUGGAUAUGGCUGUGCGGUGUACUUCCGGAUUACGGACCACUUGGAACGCGUGCGGUGCUCGUUGGUUAUGGCGAAAAGUAAAGUCGCCCCCCUGAAACAUCUCUCGGUUCCACGAUUGGAAUUGGAAGCGGCCGUGCUCGGGGCCAGAAUGUUGACGGCUGUUUUGACGAACCAUACCCUUCAACCUCGUGAUGUGUACCUUUGGACGGAUUCUUCCACGGUUCUCGCGUGGAUUCGUUCCGACCACAGGCGCUACAAACAAUUCGUCGCCCAUCGUAUCGGAGAACUUCUAUCUCUGACCCAAGCCGAAUGCUGGCGAUGGGUACCGUCUAAGCAGAAUGUAGCCGAUUGUUUGACAAAGUGGGUACGCGACUCGGAGCCUGAUUCUAACGGAAGGUGGUUCCAGGGUCCAUCAUUUUUGUAUCUCUCCGAAGACAGUUGGCCACAGCAGCAAGAGAAGCCGAACACUACUGAAGAGCUACGAUCGGCCUACCUGCUCACUCACAUCAUGCUUCCGGUGGGAAUGAUAGACGUUGGUAGAUUUUCGAAGUGGAGUGUACUGCUACGGACCGUGGCAUGCGUUUACCGCUUUAUCAGUAACUGCCGAUUGCGCAUAUCUGGGCGCCCAAUAGAAACUAUCCAAGCUACGAAAAAUCAAGCGAAGCUGUUGAGAUCCGAAGUGGCCGCCCGCAAAGUGCCACUGUCGCAGGAGGAGUUUCUACGAGCGGAGCAAUUUCUCUGGAGAAUGACGCAGGGUGAAUACUAUCCGGACGAAGUUCGAACUCUGCUGAAGAACCGUGAUCAACCGAUAGGGAAAUGCAUAGCUCUAGAGAAAAGCAGUUCACUCUACAAAUUUUCACCCUUCGCUGACGAAUACGGUAUCAUUCGGAUGGAAGGGAGAACUGCCGAUGCCGCUUAUGCUGGUUUCGACGUAAGAUUUCCUAUCAUUCUCCCAAAAGAGAGUGAGAUUACUCAACGCCUCUUGGACCACUACCAUCGUCGUUACGGACAUGCGAACAAAGAAACCGUCGUAAAUGAAGUCCGUCAACGGUUUCAAAUUUCGCAUCUACGAUCAGCCGUAGAAAGCAUUGCUCGCAGUUGCCAGUUCUGUAAAGUGAGCAAGUGCAAGCCCCUUCCCCCUCGUAUGGCUCCGCUUCCCGAGCAACGAUUGACGCCGAAUGUCCGACCUUUCAGCUACGUCGGUAUAGACUACAUGGGGCCGCUGGAGGUAACCGUCGGUCGGCGCAAGGAGAAAAGGUACGUAGCAGUUUUCACGUGUCUAGUGGUACGAGCUGUUCACCUGGAAGUCUCCUAUGACCUUUCAAGCGAAUCUUGUAUCAUGGCAAUCCGGAGAUUCACACGCAGACGAGGAUUACCGGUUCAAAUCUUCUCCGACAAUGGCACUAACUUUGUCGGGGCCAAUCGCGAACUGCAGCAGCAGAUAAAGCAGAUCGAUUUGGAGUGCGCCGGUACUUUCACCGAUGCACGAACGAAAUGGUCGUUCAAUCCACCCUCCGCCCCUCACAUGGGUGGAGUGUGGGAACGCAUGGUGCGGAGCGUCAAAGAAGCCAUGGCUACGUUGAACGACGGUCGGAAACUAACCGACGAAAUCUUGUGGACUACGCUAGUUGAAGUAGAGGGAUUGAUCAACUCACGGCCCCUCACGUACAUGCCACAAGAUAUGAGUAAUCCCGAAGCCCUAACGCCCAACCAUUUUGUCUUCGGAUGUUCUUCAGGCGCUCAUGAACCAAUGGAACCAACCGUUAAUCUGGAGCAGACGCUCCGAAGCAGUUUCCUUCGUUCUCAGCAGCUAGCGAACCUUGCGUGGGGGCGAUGGUCAAAGGAGUACUUCCCUACAAUCAAUAGAAGGACGAAGUGGCUGGAUGAAGUAAGGUCCUUGAAGGUUGGUGACGUCGUAUACGUGGUAGAAGGCAAAAGAAGGUCAUGGGUUCGAGGAAUCGUAGAUGAAGUCAUUCCCGGUAAGGACGGCAGAGUACGUCAGGCAAUCGUUCGUACGACGUCCGGUAAAUUGAAGCGACCUGUGGUGAAGUUGGCGGUAAUGGAGCUGGGUGAAUCUACGGGAGGCCCUCCCCUCGAUCCACGGGGCGGGGGAUGUUCUGGCAGCACGGACGACGUUUGCCAGCGCCGAAUACAGAAUCCUACUCAUCGGACAGAUGUCUACGAUCAACAAUGACUUGACAUUGCACAGACGCAGAUGCCGAUAAACGUGUGGUUGCUAUCGUUCAACGUGAUUGAAAUUUGAUAUUUUUUUAUGACAAAUUGUGCAGUAUGGAUUAAUGCUUAUGAAUUAGCUAAUUGAUAGUUUCACCGUGGGUUUAAGCCGAUUAUAUUUUUGAAUUCGUUUAUUUUUGAGUGGAUAUAGGUAUGAUUGUAUACUCCAGUUGCUUAUAGGUUAGCUGAACAGACGAAUGUUCUAUUAUUAUUUGUAGAGUCGUGAAAGUGGCUGAGGCUCGUUUUGCAGGGUAACCGACCGCGCACAUAGGUAUACUAAGUACCACUAGGUAUGUUCAAAUUAUGAAUGAUAGAUAAAUCGUGUCCUGUAUUGAUUGAUACCACCGAUAGGUAACGGUAACAAACGCUUUCCUAAAGCAUCGUGUCCGAGGGGAAACGAACGGCAUAGGCAAGACUAAAUGUACUAAAUAUCACAUGACUCCUUCGACGCACUUUCUAAUAAAAACCAUUCUUUUUAGCUUUGAGCUGCGAACACAAUUGCUGCUACUAGACUCUUCCCCUAUCCGAACACAGGUUGAUAGGUGCUUUCAGUCGACGGAAGCAGAGCAAAUUAUAGAAUAUUAAAAUUGAUCAAAGUGAAUUAGGAACGGUUUGAAACCAAAUUAGAAGCGCACUGAUAAUUGUGAGUGAUUAGACUUGUUUAGUUUUCUAAAAUGGUUUGUGUUUGUCAAAUUCAUCAAGUCCAAGCUGUAUCGAGUACCCCGAUGACCACGAAACGUUUUGAAAAUUGUCCACUUGUGCUUCAUGAUGUAGGUAUUUAAAAUUGAUAAUUGUUAUUGU